UCCAGCAUCGAUUUGGCAAACCCGUUUUUUCCAGUUUCACGACGUUUGUACUCAGUACCCCAUUGGCUACUGCCUGUUGGAAUUUUAUCUACACCGCUUGACGCUGGAUGCAAACGACGAUUAAUAUUAGCUGGCCAAUUUUCCCAGCCAAAGAUGCCAGUUACCGAGCGGCGAAAUUCACCAUGUUUUUCUUUAACGCUAAUUCAGUCCGACAGUGCGUAUGCGAGUGGAGAAUCCUUACUUCAGUCCCGUUCUGUAUCGAAAAGCGUUGACAUUUUAUCGCCCGAUGUUUCCACGUAUUUCAACGGUGCCCUUCGCGGUUAUGGCGAAUUCUCUCUUCCCCAGAAAACUCCCAGCCCCGAGCCGGAAAUACCAGAAUGGGUGCGUAAUGAAUCGCGCCGCAGGAGUUUGGCCUUUCUUGAUGAGACACGUGUCCAGCGCAAACGCGCCAAUAGUGCCGGGGAGAAGCUGUUGCAUUUCUUUCAUCUAAGCGGAGAGGCCCGGCGGACCAGUCUGAAUGCGGAGAGGAAGAAGAGGGCCGCGGUGGAUGUAUGGAUGCAGCUAGAUGCGGCGGAAUUGCUUGGGGGCAAGCGGAACGGUAAUGAUAAUGGUAAUGGCUUUAGAAAGAGAGCAGCUACGACCGGAAGUGCCGGAAAGGAUGUGCUUAAUGCGAUAUUGAGGUUCCGAAGUCCCAGUCGGGAAAGAAAGAAAGAUAGUAUCCCGGAAAUAAGCGAAGUGACAAAUACGAGUAAAGUGACUUUAGUGCCGGCAUCCAAGAGCGAGCCCCUAGUGCGCUUGUGCCCCGAAGAAACCCAGCGGCAGCCGGCAUCCCGGCCCCGCACACCGACCAUCUGGGAUCAAACGCUGCAGGACGCCUGUGCAGCACCGGCGCCGAAUACGAGCAGCACAUCGGCCAGCAAGCAAGAUAUCUGGAUAUGCCACACACCGCGCCCCCCUCCGCAGUACCACAAUCAGCGUAAUGAGGCUGGAUUAGGGAUGACGGUGCCGGUGCCGGAAGGGGAAAAGAGCGAUGUGUAUAAACAUAACGAUUCCGAUCGGCCUGCCAAGCCGACUUACUAUAAACUGUGUGAUAAUGUAAUAAUUGCGGGCGGGGAAUUUUUUAUGCCACUAACGGAUACUCUCAAGCAGAGCAAUAUGGUCGCCGGUGUGAGCAAAGGUGGACACAGAGUGAGCAGCGAAAAGAAAUGUGAAAUAAUUGAGCAAGAGGUUGUUAUGGCGGAUAUUCGUGUAAUUGGCCCGGAUAGGGUGGAUUUCGUGGAUAAUCCCCGGCCGCUUAUUGAGUGCUUGCGAAUUGCUGCGUUAACAGUUUACAGCCGAUUCACGACUAUCGCCGCAUUGUAUGGCAUUCCUGCGGAUCACGGAUUACGUAAAUUUGCUCAAUUAGUGCGUUUGUUGCUUGCUGGAGCGCAGCGGCAAGUCAAUAUGACGGAAAAAAACACGCCGCUUAAAUUACCAAUCAAAGAAAGCCGGUGAAAGAAAAUUCCCGGUUCCAGUUGACUGGGAUUCUGUAAUACGAGCUGUUGGUGUAGUAAGCUUGAUUGUAAACACUGGGAUAUUAGAGCGGCUUCUUAUAUCCCCAGAAUACUUUUGCGCGCGCAUAGUUUUGUUGUAACAACAUAUUGUGUAAUUACAGACUCUAAUCUUGUGUACAACCAAGUUGUCACUGUAGCUUCCGGAUAUUUCUCCCGAAGUAAAAUUUUUGGAGCUUGCUUGUAACGCCUUUGUAACUGUAAAUAAACAUAUUAUUUUUCUGUUA